AUGAUCCGGUCUGCUUGCGUCAAUGUGCAAUGUGCUCGUAGCGACGCUGAGAGCAGCAGCAGCAUGGCUGGACAUGGUUCCCACAUUCCUGGAUGCAUGCUUCCACGCGCUGCCACGCUUCUCAAUUCGCGCAUUAUUAUGUAUUCUUCCGACAUCAUCGUCCUCGUUAUUCCCGGCGCUGCAUCUCACGCUUUUAUUCGCGCAUUAUGCGUGAGAGCUGUCACCUCUCUUCCAGCAUGUACGGCUGCUGGUACUGGGAUGCAACCUGGCUGGUUGCUGCUGCACACAUCUCCUGCAGUCAAUCAACCACGUUUGUCCCAGCAGUGUGGUCGUACAAACCAUCAUAGCGCCAGCGGCAGUAGCGCCAAAAACCUCGCAAAAAGCAACAAACUGCAAACGCGCUAUCCCAGACGCACGUGCGUGCAUAGCUGGAGCUUAUACAGAGAAGAGCCCGACACGCUGCCAGUGCCCGCCUCUAGGUGGUGGGCCCAGGCCAAGAUACUGGAAUCGGUCCGUCUAAACACACGCCACGCUGCCAGCUGCGAUUUCUAA